AUGCCUCCAAAAGCCAAGAAACGCAAAACGACUGCCUCUGAAGAUGGGGAGGAGGUGGCACUCGGUCAAGAGCCUGCUCUCAUUGCGGAUCGCUCCAUUUCAGAUACGCUAUCUCACUGUGCGCAACUUGUUACGACAAUCACGAACGAAAACAUCAGUCUUCGGAAACAAGUCGCCGAUUUGCAGCAGAAGAAAGAGACUCUCUCCGCCACCGUCGAAGCACUGGAAGAGGGGGAACAAAGACGUACGGAUUGGUAUCAGAGGCACAUAGCAGACCUCAAAGAGGAGAAUCAUAGACUAUGGCAGACGAUAAUGCGGCUGACGUCCGAGCUGGGGUCGGAAAAGAAAAGGAUUGAGAAAUAUAAGACGCUCGAGAAGCUGCUCAAGGAGUUUCUUGAAGGCCGGAUCUAG